UAUAUUGUUGUAUUUAUGUCUAUGGGCUGUCCUACCAGAAAGCGAAGACCUCACAUGACGGAAGCUAAGUCGGUGGUGAAAAAGAACCAUUUUUGUGUUUUGACCUCAUUCACCGGAAGUGUCGAGAAACAGAGUCGGGCUGCCCCACAAGAGGGAAAAAAAUAGAAAAAAAAAAUUUGAGGGAAAAAAACGGCGAAUCUGAGGGUUCGGGCGGAUUUGGACGAAGUUUCCGAACUGUCCCGGCCCGAGGGAGACCCAGGGUUGAGAGGGAGUCACCAUCACCGAAAUAAUGGAAGAUUCCCAUUUCAACUCAUCAUACUUUUGGUCUCCCGUUCCCACAGUGCAAGGACAGAUUGAGAACGCCAUGUUCCUGAACAAGAUGAAGGAGCAGCUCGGCCCGGACAAGGCCGGCACGUUCCCGCACUCUUCGUCCUCCCACUACCCUGCCGCUGUGCUCACCGUGCCUGGCUCCGUCUCCAUGGACGCAGGUGCCGUAGGGCGGGGCCCCAAGCAAGAAGGGGGUGGUGGCUCCCAGAUGGCUGCGGUGGGGGCGCACCUGCACCCGCCCCACACCUCGCAGAACAUCACCGUGGUGCCGAUGCCCUCCACCGGCAUCAUGACGGCAGCGGGGCUAGUGAUCACCACUCCCCAGGGCACGCUGGUCUCCCCUUCUGCCUCGUCCCAAUCUUUUGUUUCUGGACCCCCCGCCACUACCAUGAUAGUGUCCACACUGCACCCCUCAAAUGCAGAGACCGGCCGGCCCUCCUCCCUCUACUUCCACAGCCAGUAUAAGAAAGAGAAUGGCAGCAUCCCCCCAGCUGUCGUUAUGCCAACCCCCUCAAAACGAGGAAGGAAGAAGAAAUCCAUGCUAUCCCGAGAGGGUCCUGUCCACACGCUGCCAACAGGAAGUGAUGCAUUGAUCCUCGCCCACCUUGCAGCUGGGGGUCAGCACCACGGAGCUGACCCCUAUGACCUCUCCAAUGACGAAGAUGAUCAUGCUAACAAAGAUGGGAACAAAUCUUACAGGUGUAGGAUGUGUGCUGUGACCUUCUUCAACAAGUCGGACAUGCAGAUCCACGCCAAGUCUCACACGGAGGCCAAGCCACACAAGUGCCCCCACUGCUCCAAAUCCUUCGCCAACUCCAGCUACCUGGCCCAGCACAUCCGCAUCCACACCGGGGCCAAGCCCUACACCUGCUCCUACUGCCAGAAAACUUUCAGGCAGCUCAGUCACUUACAGCAGCACACACGAAACCACACAGAGGCCAAGCCACACAAGUGCCCCCACUGCUCCAAAUCCUUCGCCAACUCCAGCUACCUGGCCCAGCACAUCCGCAUCCACACCGGGGCCAAGCCCUACACCUGCUCCUACUGCCAGAAAGCGUUCAGGCAGCUCAGUCACUUACAGCAGCACCACAGGAUCCACACGGGUGAUAGGCCGUACAAGUGCGUCCACCCAGGCUGUGAGAAGUCCUUCACUCAGCUCUCCAACCUGCAGUCCCACCGCCGGCAGCACAACAAGGAUAAGCCGUACAAAUGCCACAACUGUAAUCGUGGUUACACGGAUGCGGCCAGCCUGGAGGUGCACCUGUCGACGCACACGGUCAAGCACGCCAAGCUCUACUCCUGCGGCCUGUGUAAUCGCGCCUACACCUCGGAGACGUACCUGAUGAAGCACAUGCGCAAACACAAUCCCGACCCCCUGACCGUGGCGGCGGCCGUGGCUGCCCAGCAGGCUCAGGGCCAGACCCCAGGCACGGGCCGGGGCAGGGGGCGCGGGAGAGGGGGCGCAGCAGCGGCUGCGGCGGCUGCAGCUGCUAGGGCGGCCGCAGCUGCGGCUGCGGCAGGUGGGCCCGGAGGCGGCCAGGCGCCCAACGCACCCAACUCCAACCCGCCGAGCAGCUACGCAUCGGGCGAGGGCGUGCCCUGCCCCUUCGACCUGCACCAGUACAAGACCGUGUCGGCUGGGGAGAUCCAGUACAAGCCGGUGAGCGUGGCCGACCUGUCGGCCCACAAAGACCUCUGCCUCACCGUCUCCACCUCUGCCAUCCAGGUGGAGCACAUGAACUCAUAGACUAAACUGAGGGAUGGAGGGAGGGAGGGAAGGGUUGCUGGUGGAGGAGGUGGAUGGAAGGACUAAAACUACACUGCCUUGGGCUGAAUGAAGAGGUGACGGACUGGAGCCUAAAAUAUAAGGAGUUGGGAGAGCGAUGGACAGAUGAAGCUGGGGAGGAAGUGAAGGAGUGGAGAGGAGGGGAGAGGAGUGGGCACAGAGCAAUUGCAAGCUGUAUGGGUCAGGGGGGGUGGGGUGGGGUGGGAGACGGAGUGGUGGCACUUAGAAAACUUUUUAUUACCCGUUUUCUGUUUUGUCGUUGUCUUCAUUUUUACGUCCUUUAUCAUAUGUGUGUAUUUUUCUAAUGUCUGUGUGUGAACGAAUGAGCAAAAGAGUAUAUGUGUGUAUGUGCGUGUCUUUGGAAGGCCGAGAGGAAAGUGGAGCAAUGAGUAUGGUGAUGGAGGAAGAAAUUGGUGUGGUGGAAUGUAUGGCAACAUCGGAGUUGUUGUUGUUUUUUUUUUUUUUUUUUUUUUAAAGGAAAAGCAAAGUGGUUGAAUAUUUCAUUGUUCUUCCCCUUAUGAUGCAAGGGGUUGAUGUGAGAGAGGACAUAAUGGUGAUAAAUGCUAACAGUGGCAUGGCUGCAAGGUACUAUUUACUAUUUUAUUUUUUACUUUUAAUACCAACUUAUAACAUACAUUAUUGUUAUGCAAGUAACAUCAUUUAUCCUUGUUAUCAAUUGCCCAUUGCUGUAAUCUUGUACAUAUACUGCAUAGAAAAGAUGUUUUUUCAUUCAAAAAGGGAAGGACUGUCUUUCUGCCUCUGUAAAACAAACUGAUGAAAAAGGAGAAAAAAAAAACAUUAACAAAACAUGAAAAUGACAUAGUAAUAACCAAAUACAGAAUCAUCUGUUUCUAUCCCAGCCAAUCAGAAACCUCCUCACUUCCCGGUUUCGAGCAGUCAGUCAGCUAACUGGUUGGUUUUGUUCAUGUAUAAUCCUUGUUGUAAUUUCAUUAUGUGUCUUUUGGAAUAACACAGUUCUCAAUAUUCUUAUUAAUGUUAUUACUGUUGCUCUCUGACUAUUAUUAACGACUCCUCUGCUGAAUUUGCUGUAUAGACCACACACAUCAUUAAAAGGACAAGAAAAAACAAAA